CGGAAAUCUCGCGAUGGAAGGAGGAGGCGGUGAGAUUGACAGGGCAUGGCGCGAUCCUUGGAUGCAGUCCUGGGUGCCCCCCCAGAAACACUUCCAGAAGAAAGUCAGUCAGGGUGUGUUCUACCUGCGAGUCUUAAAGGCAGCAGUGUGAAGAAGAGCAGCUGGGGCUUCUUCUUUACUGGGCUUGUUGGCGGGACACUGGUGGCUGUGUACGCCGUGGCCACUCCGUUUAUAACACCUGCCCUCCGAAAAAUUUGCCUGCCUUUUGUGCCUGCAACUACGAAGCAGGUCGAAAAUGUCGUGAAAAUGCUGCGAAGUGGAAGAGGACCCCUGGUGGACAUUGGUAGUGGCGACGGUCGGAUUGUGAUAGCAGCUGCAAAGGAAGGAUUCACAGCUGUUGGUUAUGAAUUGAACCCAUGGCUAGUUUGGUACUCCAGAUACCGUGCUUGGCGAGAAGGGGUACAGCACUUGGCCAAAUUUUAUAUUUCAGAUUUGUGGAAGGUUACUUUUUCGCAGUACUCAAACGUUGUUAUCUUUGGGGUGCCUCAGAUGAUGCCGCAGUUGGAGAAGAAACUUGGGCUGGAGCUUCAGGAUGAUGCUAGAGUCAUCGCUUGCCGGUUUCCUUUCCCACACUGGACCCCAGACCAGGUCACUGGAGAGGGGAUAGACACUGUGUGGGUGUAUGACAUGAGCACCUUCAGAGGGACUGAACAGAGGCCGUGAAGCCUAUACGAGGUCUGUCCAGAAAGAAUCCAGCCAUCUACUAUGGAAAAUAGAGACAUUUAUUGAAGCUCCAAGAUACAAGGCACAUUGUACACAGGACAAUGACACCUCAGUCCCCUUCAAACUAGGCACCUUGGGACUUCACACAGUUCUCCCAAUCACUACCAGCUGCCAUGGUAUCUUCCUGAAUCUCAUAGACAGUCUGAAAUCUCUUCCCUUUCAAAGGUGAUUUUGGUUUUGGGAAAAGUCAGAAGUCAUAGGGUAGCAAAUCUGGGGUCUAGGGAGGCUGAGUCACCUGGCUGAUUUGAUGUUUUGCCAAAAAAUUGCAUGAGACAUGACACAUGAGCAGGUGCAUUGUGGUGAGGAAGCUGCCAAUGACCAGCUGCCCGUAGCUAUGGUCUCCUGAAUCAUCUGAAUAGUUUCCAUGGAGGAAUGUUCCGGCUUCAUGCAAAACUUAAUGCAGGUUUGUUGCUCUGCUCACUUAGUCAUUUUGAAUGCAAUGGUCAUGCAGUGUACUUGCUCACUCAAUAGCAUCUACCACCUCACUGAAUAGUACAGUGAGGUCAUCAUUGUUCACACAUGAGCAUUCCAGUGCACUCUCCUUGGCUGCCAGGUUACAUCAAUGUCAUGCAAACCAUUCUCGUGAUAUUAACAAUGUUUGGACUUUUUCCUGGUAGUUUCUUCUUAAAAUUUAUUGGGGUGACAUUGGUUAAUAAGAUUAUAUAAGUUUCAAGUGUAUAAUUCUAUAAUUCAUCAUAUGUAUAUUACAUUGUAUGCACACUAAUUAAAGUUCAAUUAUCUUCUGCACCAUAUAUUUGACCCCCUUUACCCUUUACUACCCCUUUACCCCCUUCCCUCUGGUAACCACCAUGUUGUUGUCUGUGUCUAUGAGUUUUUGUUUGUUUUUCUUGUUUGUUUACUUGUUGCUUUCAGUUUUAUAGCCCACAUGUCAGUGAAAUCAUAUGGUUCUUAAAUUUUCUGUCUGGCUUAUUUUGCUGAACAUGAUAUAUCAGCUUGAAUAGUUUCUAUCUAAACUUGAAAAUGGAAUAGCUCCAAAUAAAACAGUCUAGAUCCUCUUUGGCAGCCUGUGUUCUCACCCUGUCCUGUUGGCAGGAUGUUUUAGAAACUAAGACUUUGUGCACCAGGCUGACUCCUCUCUCAACUCCCCAUUCCUUCUUCUC